AUGGCAUCCGACACCAAUCAGCCUCCGCACGAGGAUGGCAGCUGGGCUGGUGACUUCGACCCUUUUUCAGAUCCCGAGGAGCGAAGGGUUCUUUUUGCUGCAUUUGACUCAUUUAGGCAAUACCGGCGAACUGCCCAUAUGAACACUACCCAUCGUCGCCGACAGGCGUUCUACGCCCUGCCCUCGGCGCACUGGCAAAUGCUGGCAGAGCCACCCUUUUCUAUAUUGGACAACUUGAAUAAGGUCGACGAUGCGAUCGACACCAACGCCGAGAUCGCCGAUGCGAUUGUAGCUGUGGGCUUAGACUCCUUUGGAUUGUCUGCCAAUCCGGACCAAGAUGACCCCUGUAAAUACUGGCAUGGAACGGCUACAGCAGGAGACGUGAACAAGGCGCAUUCGACGAUCCGCCAGUUCUAUCGCGACUGGAGCUCCGAGGGAGAAGCGGAGCGCGCAGUAUGCUACGAUCCUGUGCUCCAGGAUCUCCGAAACGAGUUCCAGACGCGACGCGACUCCGGCGAGCAGGUUCGUGUACUCGUCCCUGGUGCCGGUCUGGGGCGAUUGGUGUUUGAGAUCUGCAGGGCAGGAUUUGCCGCCGAAGGGAACGAGAUCUCGUAUCACCAGCUCUUGGCCAGUAGUUGGGUGCUCAAUCACACCGAGGGGCCCGGCCAGCAUGCGCUGCAUCCGUUUGCGCUGCAUUUCUCCAAUCUCCAUUCGCGCACACAACAACUGCAGCAGGUCCAGAUCCCCGACGUACACCCAGGGUUCGCCAUGCAACAGGCCGCCGAAUCAGGACCUGGUCAGGGCUUCGGGACCAUGUCCAUGUCCGCGGCAGACUUUGUGGUUCUCUAUACACAGCCCACCAACCACGAAACGUUUGACGCGGUAGCCACCGUCUUCUUCAUCGACACCGCGCCUAAUCUCAUCCGAUAUAUCGAGGCAAUCCGCAAUUGCCUCAAACCCAACGGACUCUGGAUCAAUGUCGGACCACUGCUCUGGCACUUUGAAGACGGCAACCCCCACAGAUCGACCGAGGGGCCAGAGACCGAGGGGGCGGGCAUUGGGGAACCGGGCAACGUGGAAUUCACUGAAGACGAGGUGUUGUGCCUGGUCGAGCGAAUGGGAUUCCGCAUUGAGGCGCGCGACGGUGAUCGGCGGCCGUGCGGCUAUAUCCAGGACCCAGACAGCAUGCUUGGGAAUUUUUAUUUUCCGUCGCACUGGGUGGCUCGAAAGUCGCUUGGGGCCUAA